ACUUGAGAACCCAUCCGGGCCCUUCUCGCUCCUUCCUUCUGCCACACGGCGACCGCCCCAGGAGACCCACCUCGCCGCCGGCUUACCUCCCUUUCUUUCCUCCUUCCCGCCGGCGGCGAUCCCGAAUCCGAGGGGGGCCCCGCCGCCGCAUGGAGAGCCCGGAGGCGAGCUCCGCGCGGGGAGCGCCCCCGGGGCCGGACGGCGCGUCCACGAGCCACGCGGCGGAGGGCGCGUCUCCGGACUCGCUGCAGAACACGCCGUCCAACAUUGCCAGGCUCGAGGACGCCAUAGAGAACUGCGCGGCGCGCCGCAAGUACCUGGCCCGCACCAAGAGCGCCUCCGACGGCGAGGACGUCCGUUGGUACUUCUGCAAGCUGCCCCUCGCCGACAGAGUGCUGUCCGCUUCAGUUCCCCGGACCGAGAUAGUGGGGAAAGGAGACUAUUUCCGGUUCAGCAUGAGGGACUGUCUGGCGUUGGAGGCGGCUUUCUUAGAGAGAGAGGAAUCACUGCUUGGGUAUUGGUGGAGGGAGUAUGCAGAAUGCAGUGAAGGACCAACAGGUUCCUUGGCGAAAACUGAUAGUUCAGACUCCGAAUAUUUGUAUAAGGUGGAGGAGGAGCGGGUUGGGGUUCCUGUGAAAGGUGGCCUAUAUGAGGUUGAUUUAAUGAGACGUCAUUGCUUCCCUGUAUAUUGGAAUGGUGAGAAUAGACGUGUUUUGAGGGGCAACUGGUUUGCUCGAAAAGGAGGUCUUGAUUGGAUUCCCUUGCGUGAAGAUGUUUCUGAACAACUUGAGUUAGCAUAUAAUUGUCAGGUCUGGCAUCGUCGCAAAUUCCAACCUUCAGGCCUGUUUGCUGCCCGAGUUGAUCUCCAAGGAAGUACACCGGGCUUGCAUGCUCUUUUUACUGGAGAGGAUGAUACUUGGGAAGCUUGGCUUGUCUUUGAUACAGGUCCUAAGCUAGGUAGCAACACAAUCAAAUUAAGGCGUGGUUUCUCUUCUUCUGGAUCUGCAAAUCCUACACAGGAUGAGUUGCGUCAGCAGAAAGAAGAGGAAACAGAUGAUUACUGCUCUCAGGUUCCAGUUGGUCAUCUGGUAUUCAUGGUUCAUGGCAUCGGGCAGAGAUUGGAGAAAGCUAAUCUUGUUGAUGAUGUUGUUGAUUUCCGCCGUGUGACUGCUAACCUAGCUGAUAGAUACUUGACUCCUUAUCAAAGAAGUACACAGAGGGUUCUGUAUAUUCCCUGCCAGUGGAGGAAGAGCUUGAAGCUUGGUGGUGAACGUACAGUUGAGAAGAUCACUUUGGAUGGAGUGAAAGGUCUCCGUGUGGCAUUAGGCGCCACUGUGCAUGAUGUUCUAUAUUACAUGAGUCCUAUCUACUGCCAGCAUAUAAUUGACUCGGUCUCAAGUCAGCUGAACCAGCUGUAUAUGAAGUUUCUGAAGAGAAAUCCUGGUUACAGUGGAAAGGUUUCAUUGUAUGGCCACUCUUUGGGAAGUGUUCUAACAUACGAUAUACUUUGCCAUCAAGAAUCCCUUUCUGCCCCAUUUCCAACAGAUUAUUUAAACAUGGAAAUUUCAUCUGAUGAAGGCCAUCAAGCACCCAACACAUUUACCAUUCAUAAUUCAGGAGUAAAAGAGCAUGAUACUUCUUCCACUUCAGGACGUUCUUGUGCUGAUAAUGUAAAUGGUGUAGAUGAAGAUGGCACCAGAAAUGACCAUUCACUUACAGACAACAUCAUCCCGUCGUGUGUGCCUGAGAGUGUGCCAAACAAUGAUGACACACUUGCGCCACCUAUUUCAGUUGAUGGGUUACAAACUGAAGUUGAAAAUCAAAAUCAGGCUGAGAAUCAUCAAAUGGCAUAUACGGAAGAAGGGGCUACUUCUGGUGUAUGCACAAAAGAUGCUGACCAGUGGAUUUCAAGAUCUGCUGAGGAACAGCACGAAGCAGUCCUUGACAAAGACAAAUCAAUCUCCUCAUUAGAAGAAGAGGUGAGACGUCUUAAGGCUAAACUAGCAGAACUUGAGCAACAAAAAGAUUUAGUGACUCAAAACAUCAGUAGUGUUGGGUCUCAUCAAGAUAAAGAUGUUAAUUGUACAGUGAGCCUAGCAUCAGGCAAACUUGACGUGGGGCAAGGCAGCACAAGUCAGUCCUACAGACCACGCAUCAGAUACACUAAACUAAAUUUUAAGGUUGACACAUUCUUUGCUGUUGGAUCACCCUUGGGAGUCUUUCUGUCUCUGCGGAAUGUCCGUAUUGGUGUUGGCAGGGGACAAGAUUAUUGGCAAGACAAGAACAUAGUUGAAGAGAUGCCAUGCUGCCGGCAGAUGUUUAAUGUUUUCCAUCCUUUUGAUCCUGUAGCAUACAGAAUUGAACCACUUGUAUGUGAAGAUUAUGUGAACAAGCGCCCCGUCAUUAUACCCUACCAUAGAGGUGGAAAGAGGAUACAUGUAGGAGUGCAGGAGUUCACAGAAGAUGUCGCUGCACGUUCUCAAUCUAUAGCUCGUCAGUUCAAGUCAUUGAAGGUUAAAGCAGUAGCUGCUUUGCUAUCACUGAGCAAAAAUGACACGGAAGAUGAUGGUGAGAAAACUGAGGAGGAAGAAAGAUCGUAUGGUUCCAUGAUGAUGGAAAGGUUGACAGGUUCACCAGAUGGUCGGGUUGAUCAUGUGCUUCAGGAGAAGACAUUUCAACAUCCAUAUUUAUCUGCCCUGGGAUCUCAUACGAACUAUUGGCGAGACCAUGAUACUGCUCUCUUCAUUAUCAAGCAUCUUUACCGUGAUAUACCUGAAGAACCACCAACCGAUGCAGCUGGAGGAACGCCUAUUCGGCUGUUCUACGUGAGGGAUCCAAUUGCCGAAGACACACCCCUGACAUUUUCAGAUAACUCCUCGGUAAAGGAGUUCUCCAGAAAAAUGAAGACUUACUCGAGAGAAACUUUGAAUGAUGCAAACUGCGGAGCCUCUUGAUGGUAAAUAAACCACUGUUUGUUGCAGCUGUGCUAUCAUCGAACGGUGACACUCGCCGAGCUGAAGAAGCAUGAUGUACAUAAACAUGGAAGAGCACUUGCAUAAAGGGGAUGCGCAGCCUGGGUUCAUCCUUGGCCACUUGACACCAGAGCUAGAGCCAGAGCCAGGGCACACCUUUUGAAUCAUGGGCCGGCACUUGGUUGCUUUGUAUGUAGUAACUUGUUUAUCUGUAUCUCUAGUGUUAAUGCUGUACAUACUCAGAUAAAGUGGGGGGGGGGAGAGUAAAGAAGAGCGAUCAGUUUGCAACUGUUCAGACAUAGAAGCAAGUCUGCGCUUCUUCCAUCUGUAGACUGGAGAUGGAGAAGAGUACAUCAAGUACAGAAAAGUUUCUGGUACAUGAAAUGGUUCGAGUUACUACAUUGCACUGUAUAUGUUCCGGACAACUUGGUUAAAAAAACAGUCGGCUGCUAUAAAUAAAGCUAGGUUAUGUUCUCGACACAAAACGAACAGAGCUGGAUUAUGGUAAUUGAUUAACCCAGAGUGUCGUUUGUAAUUUAUC